AUGUCUAUUGCAAAUACUAUUAUGAACAAGACUCUUCCCGACCUCUCUAAGUUGGAACCUAUUGAUGAUUAUGUUUUAAAUGAAGACGUUAUUGAGACUCUCAAGAAUGCGGAAGAAGCUGCUAAAACUUCUACAACCGCAAUUCCAGCGGCCACAACGGAAGCCUUGAAGAAGAAGGAGAAGGACAACAAGCUUGUUCGUGGCCAUCUCCUCAACCACAUGAACAACACUUUGUUUGAUUUGUUUGUCAAUUUCAGGUCAAGCAAGGUUAUAUGGGAUUCUUUGGAAAAGAAAUAUGGAGCAGAUGAUGCCGGGAAAAAGAAGUACGUGGUGGGCAAGUGGAUCAAUUUCAAAGUGGAUGAUGAGAAGCCUAUCAUGACUCAAGUCCAUGACUAUGAGAAUAUGGUGACCGAAAUCCUUGGUGAAGGCAUGAAGAUGUGUGAGACUCUUCAAGCCAAUGUCCUCUUGGAGAAAUUCCCUCCCUCUUGGAAUGACUACACUAAUCUUGUUGAGUCUUCUUUGAAUGUGUCUAAAAACAGGAAAAACUCCAAGAAGAAGGGAAACAACAAGUCCAAAAGCAACUUCACUCAUAACAACAAAAUCCAAAAGCCUAAGAGGGCAUGCUAUGUGUGUGGAAUCAUAGGACACAAAGCAUACCAAUGCAACCGAAGGCAUGAAGCUAAGAAAGAUGGCACUACCUUCCAAGCUAACAUUGUUGAAAAAGAAGACAUCAUAGCAGCGGUGGUGGUUGAAGCCAACUUGGUGAAAAACAAAAUUGAGUGGAUUUUGGACACCGGAGCAUCAAGGCAUUUCUGUGCAAACAAGGCUUUGAUGACCGAGUUUGAAGAUGUAACCAACGGCGAUCAUGGCUACAUGGGUAAUAGUAGCACCGCCGGAGUCCUUGGCAAAGGAAAGGUCCAUCUCAAACUUACCUCCACAAAAACUUUAUUUUUAAAUAAUGUGUUGUAUGUACCUUUUCUUAGGAGAAAUCUUGUUUCAGGAGCCCUUCUCAACAAAGCCGGCCUAAAAUUUGUCUUUGAGGCCGACAAGAUUGUAAUGACUAAGAAUGGAGACUUUGUUGGGAAAGGUUACCUCAAUAAUGGCUUGUUUGUUUUGAAUGUUAUGAAUGAGAAUGGAAGUACUUCUUUUGCUUAUAUUGUUUAG